AUGAGUAGGCAAUCUCUAGAGAGCGUUGCCCUUGAGAUACAGGAUACAUUCGGGCCUGGCAUUUACCAGGCGUACCUAGGACCUAUUUCCGGCAUCAUCGGCCCACUUCUGAAGAGCAACGAAGAUACAUCAAUGAUUCCCGUCAAGCAAAACAACUGUCAGCAUGUGACCCCUAUUAUCCAGCUUCAUGUCUCCAACAUCCACACGACCCCGGGCGACCUGGUCGAUUAUGGUGACUUCAAAGAGAAGUCUGCACACAUCAACUUUGCAGGCCAUACUGAGGACGCAGCUCUCUGUACCGUUCUCCACAAAACAGGCGAGGACAGUAAUGCUGUAUGGGACACUGCUUACGAUAACACACUCCCUGAGUUCUAG